UUUCUCUCCCCACCACCGUGCACUGGGCUUCUUCGGCAGCGGUCGUCCUUCCAGCAGCUCUUCCUUGAGCACGUCCUCUCACUCAGCCACUCGCAACAUCCAGCACCAUGUCUGACAUCAAGGUUGAGGGAUUCAAGUCCUCUGACGUCCUGGCGACGCUUGCGUCGGUAUUCGACAAUUAUAACGACGAGGAGAAGAAGGCGCAAAUCAAGAAGACGAACGGCAUCUUCGAGCUACGAGUGAAGAACACGGAGGGCAAGGAGGCUGUAUGGACGAUUGACAUGAAGACGCUGGGGACUGUGUACAAGGGACCGGCGAAGUCCAAGGCCAACGUGACACUCAUCAUGUCGGAUGAGACGUUCAAGCAGCUGGCCGAGGGCAAGCUCGACGGACAGAAGGCAUUCAUGACCGGCAAGCUGAAGACGAAGGGCAACAUGAUGUUCGCCACAAAGCUCGACGGCGUGCUCAAGGCAGCCAAGACGAAGGCGAAACUGUAG